AACUUUACGGAAAAUAUUGCGACAGCAAAAGUACCCUUUUUCUAGAAACUAUUAGAUUUCCAUAUGUAUGACGUUUAACUCUGGAAAUUUUAAAUAUUUUAGAAACAGUGUAUUACAUUGGAUGUUUUCUUGACAAUGAAGACAAUCUAGUUGCCUGGAUAUUGUUGAAACAAGAAGAAAAGAAGAGAAAUAUGUCUCUGCUGUGAUUGAGAAAAUUCCAACUACAACUACACUUGUUUAUUUAUUUUUGAUCUGCAUACCUAAAAAGCAAACAUGGUUUUAGCAGACUUAGGAAGGAAAAUCACGUCUGCCCUGCGAUCUUUGGGCAAUGCAACGAUUAUCAAUGAAGAGGUUCUGAAUGAAAUGCUCAAGGAGAUCUGCAAAGCUCUCAUAGAGGCAGAUGUAAAUAUCAAACUUGUCAAAUCUCUCAGAGAAAAUGUCAGGUCUGUAAUAGACUUUGAUGAAAUGGCAGGAGGAUUAAACAAAAGAAGAAUGAUCCAGUCAGCUGUUUUCAAAGAACUAGUGAAAUUGAUUGAUCCUGGUGUGAAAGCCUGGACUCCCACCAAAGGCAAAAACAAUGUAAUCAUGUUCGUUGGACUUCAGGGAAGUGGAAAAACCACAACCUGUACCAAACUUGCUUAUUAUUAUCAAAAGAAAGGUUGGAAGACCUGCUUAAUCUGUGCAGAUACUUUCCGUGCUGGAGCUUUUGAUCAGCUAAAACAGAAUGCUACUAAAGCCAGAAUUCCAUUUUAUGGAAGUUACACAGAGAUUGAUCCAGUGGUGAUAGCCCAGGAAGGAGUGGAGAAAUUCAGAUCUGAGAAUUUCGAGAUCAUUAUUGUGGACACCAGUGGUCGUCACAAACAGGAGGAUUCUUUGUUUGAGGAAAUGUUACAAGUUAACAAUGUCACAAACCCAGACAAUAUUGUGUUUGUGAUGGACGCAUCAAUUGGUCAAGCCUGUGAGUCCCAGGCUAAAGCUUUUAAAGACAAGGUAGACAUUGGGUCGGUCAUCAUCACUAAACUGGAUGGUCACGCUAAAGGAGGAGGAGCCCUCAGUGCAGUGGCAGCCACAAAGAGUCCUGUCAUUUUCAUUGGUACAGGAGAACACACAGAUGACUUUGAACCAUUCAAAGUUCAGCCUUUCGUCAGCAAAUUGUUGGGUAUGGGAGAUAUUGAAGGUCUGAUAGAUAAAGUGAAUGAACUGAAGUUAGAUGACAAUGAAGACUUGAUGAAAAAACUAAAACAAGGUCAGUUCACUCUUCGAGAUAUGUAUGAACAGUUCCAGAACAUCAUGAAGAUGGGUCCUUUCAGUCAGAUCAUGGGCAUGAUCCCAGGGUUUAGCUCCGAUUUCUUGACAAAGGGAGGAGAACAGGAAUCAAUGGCUCGCCUAAAGAAACUCAUGACUAUAAUGGACAGCAUGAAUGACAAAGAGUUGGACAGUUUGGAUGGAGAGAGGUUGUUUACACGACAGACGGGGCGGAUCCAGAGGGUGGCACGAGGAGCGGGAGUGUCCAUUCGGGAGGUCAAUGAGCUUCUGGCCCAGUACAAGAAGUUUGCUCAGAUGGUGAAGAAGAUGGGAGGCAUAAAGGGACUCUUCAAGGGUGGUGAUAUGAGUAAGAAUGUCAAUCCUUCACAAAUGGCCAAACUGAACCAACAGAUGGCAAAGAUGAUGGACCCCAGGGUACUCCAGCAGAUGGGUGGAAUGCAAGGAUUACAGGGGAUGAUGAGACAAUUCCAACAAGGAGCUGCUGGAAAGUUUGGCAACAUGUUUGGAAAUAUGGACAGAUAGUGAACUAAAUAAGGGGAAGGGAUGAGAAAGUUAUCUGAAUUAUGGGAAGGGAUUAAUAAGUGAAUUGAAGUAUGGGAAGGGAUGAGAAAGUGAACUGAAUUAUGGGAAGGGAUGAGAAUGUAUAUGAAAGAAUUGUGAUAUGAGUUAGUUGUGAAGGGUGUUGCCUGUAAUCAUGAAUUUUUGUUGACUUUAUAUGAUUGUGAAUUUAAAACAUGUACUUCUUUGUCAUUUGCCUCAUUUGGGACUUUUCAAUACAUAAAUCAUAUACAUGUAAAUGAGUCCAGUUUGUAAAUUUACCCUCCUUUUGUAAAACAUUCUUGUUGACCAUUGUGUGCAUUUUAAGUACAGAUUAAAUAUACAAAUGUAUUACUAACUGGCUGGUGCAGUUUUGAGUACCCAGUACUAUAUUAAGGACAGAAAAAAAAUACAGAUGUAAUUCUAACUGGAUUUCAGAAUGGUGAAUAUCACUUUUUGUGGUAAUUGUAUUUGUAUUGAUUACAUAUUAUGUAACAUCUCCAUUAUUGAUUGGAAAAAAAUUUGUUGAUGAUGUUCACACAUUUUAUGAAGACCAUGGCCUAGAUUUAAAAAUAAAAAAUCUUUCAGAAAAGAUGA